AAUGUUACACAUUUAACGAUUUACCGCCAAACGGCGCAAAUAGAGGAUCUCGUCGGUUUUCUAUAUUAUAUCGGUAUAUUGAAUGUGUACUUAGCACUUACGAUUGGUCUCCGAGCGAUGCCAUUAACAGCAUCAGUGUACCGUUAUAAAGCCUGAUGGGUUUUUUGCAAGCUGUUAAAAAUAUCACAAUUUUUUCUGAAUGUUCUUUUUGUUCGACAUCGUGAUAUUUUCGAGUAUUUCAUUUCAAAGCUUUGCAUUUCGCCAAAGCUGAAAUUGAAUUUUUUUUUAUGAUCACAUUUCAGAGGAACACGUUCACGAUUACGUGUUACAAGUGUGUAAAAAGAAAAGUGAUAAUAUAAAACACUUUAGGCACUAUUUGUACGUGCAAAUCGGGAAAACUUUGCACAAUAGAAUGACCGGAGUAAUUUUAAAUAACAAAGGCAAUGUGUGUGUGUGUGAGUGUGUGUCUACUUCAAUUAGAAAGCUAAAGCGGCGCCGAAUAUGUUCUAGGAAAAAAAAGAAAGAAAUCCAUUAUACGCGUUUUUCGCCCCACCCUAAUUUUUUUCUCAUUAAAUACCUAAUCCGUGUGAAUACAAGUGUCUUAUUUUAUACACGUUUAUCGUGGCGUACCACGACAACGACUAUUUAUUCUUGAAUCAAACUUGUAUUAUCGACAGACGUCACCGCCGACUCGUCGCUGAAUUGACGUAUCCCAUUGUCGAAAAAUGAUUUUCACCGCCAAAUAAAUGAAAAAUGUACGCGCCGCAGCCAAUGUGAAAUAAACGAGUGCCGAUGUGUGCGAAUCCGAUGAAGUGACAGUUCAAGCCGGAGAUAACCGUAAUUUCCUCGAUAUAUCAUAAAACGUGCAUCUGCGGGCGAAUAGAUUUCCGAACUUUUCAAGAUUUAUUCCAUAAAAUAUCGAAUGUGUCCAGUGAUUCCUUAAAUUCCACGUACAAUACAAAGACUUGUGCAACAGCGUGGCGGAUUCGAAAUCAAAAUGGCAAAAAUAUUCGGACCUCUACUUCAACUGUGGCCUCAGUGGUUCGCAACUCUAAUAGUGACCUUAUUGACCAUCAGUAUUGGUCUCGCGAUCGGUUGGACGUCGCCUUACUUGGCGCAACUGACCGGCGAGGACCCGCCGUUUCGCGUAACGCACGAUGAAGGGUCGUGGAUAGCCUCUCUAUUGCCACUCGGACGUCUCUUAGGCGCCUUCGUCGGAUCUGUUCUCUUAGAAUGUAUCGGCAGCAAGACGUCUGUCCUGUUAACGGGACUGCCGAUGAUCUUCAGCUGGAUUUGCAUAAUAUGCGCCAAUUCCCCCAUGUGGCUGUACGUCUCGAGAAUAUUUUCAGGUGUAUCAAUGGGAAUGAUAUUCAGCUGUUAUCCGCUUUACAUCGGUGAAAUUUCGGCGCCAUCGAUCCGCGGUGCCUUGGUGUGUCUGAUUAUCAACGGAUUUCCCCUGGGGACACUCUUCGGUAAUAUAAUGGGUCCCAAUAUGCCAAUGAUGUAUUUCGGUAUCAUUAGCUUGAUAGUGACGCUAUGCUACAUGGGUAUUUUUCCAUUCCUGCCGCAGUCGCCGUAUUAUUAUGUACGAAACAAUGACACUAAGAGAGCGGAACAAGUCAUUCGAUGGUAUUAUCGAAAACCUGACGUGAGGAGCGAAAUAGAAGCCGUGGAACACUUCAUAAAGUCAACGAAUACGAUGAGCCUAAGGGAACGAUUGGCGCAGAUAAAAGAGCCGAAGAAUCGCCGCUCCCUCAUAAUGAUAACAUUACUAUUCAUGUUUAUGCAACUCAGUGGACUAAACACUAUUGCAUUUUAUAUGGAGAUUAUUAUAAGGAAAGCAAUGGUGACAUCAAUUACACCUUCGACUUUAGUAAUGAUCGUCAGUAGUGUCUGUAUAACUAUCGGCUGGAUUGGCGCGUAUGCCAUCGAUCGUUGCGGUCGCAGAAUCCUAUUAGCGGCCUCGUCUUUCGGCGUGAUGGUCAGCAUGACGUUGUUAGGUAUGCAUUUCUUUUUGCUGGACCAGAACUACGAUCCUGGUAAUCUCGAGUGGUUGGUGAUCAUAUCGCUACUGAUGUUUGGGAUGAUGUGCUUCGGACUCACACCGGUGCCCAGCACGAUACUGAGCGAAAUAUUUCCUCCUGAUCUGAAGAGCCUCGCUGGCUUUGUCGCUGGCAUCUCGUCGGCGGGAUUCGCAUUCGUUGCCUCGAGGACGUAUCAGCCGCUGGUGGAACUCAUCAGCGAGCAGUACGUUUUCUGGAUCUAUGCAGUGAUCAUUAUGAUCAGCUUGAUAUAUUCGCUCACCGUGGUGCCAGAGACAAAAGGAAAAACGCUACAGGAAAUUCAAGAUAUGAUGGCCGCGAGAAGUGCAACUGAAAGGUCACGAGGAACACGCGGUGAAAGUGAAAAUACUCAAACGUAGCAAAUGUUUCUAACUCUUUUAGAGUAUUCAGUAUAAAAUAGUAAUUAAUGU